CGGUAUCUGUAUAUUUAGGUUUGUAACUCUUUUUAGCGGAAAGAUUGUUAUAGUCUUCAUUUACAAACAUGGCAGCCUCGCGACGUGACACGUCCACUAUAUGUUUAUUUGAUGUUGAUGGAACACUUACGCCAUCAAGACAACUUAUCAGACCUCAUGUUGAGGAAUUUUUGCAAGAACUUAAAAAAAAAGUUUUGGUGGGUCUGGUUGGUGGAUCAGACUUUGUGAAAAUAGCUGAACAGAUGGGAGAUCACUCAGACAUAUUGAAUCGGUUUGAUUAUGUUUUUGCUGAAAAUGGAUUGGUUGCUUAUAAAGGAAAUGUUCAAGUUGGUCAACAGAAUCUCAAAAAAUAUGUUGGAGAUGAAAUCUUACAAAAACUUAUCAACUUUGCUCUAAGAUAUAUGUCUGAACUUAUUUUACCUUGUAAAAGAGGGACUUUCAUUGAGUUCCGAAGUUCUAUGAUCAAUAUAUGUCCAGUUGGAAGGAGCUGUUCACAAGAAGAAAGAGAUGCUUUUGUUGUUUUUGAUGAGGAACACAAGAUCAGAGACAAAUUUGUUGAAGCAUUAAGAGCAGCCUUUCCCAAUGAGGGUCUUGUAUUUGCAAUUGGUGGUCAGAUCAGCAUAGAUGUUUUUCCAGAAGGUUGGGACAAGCGUUACUGCUUGCAAUUCUUAGAGAAGGAUAACAUAAAAAAUAUACAUUUUUUUGGGGACAAAGUUGAAAAGGGUGGAAAUGACCAUGAAAUAUAUGAAGAUCCAAGAACUAUAGGGCAUAAGGUUGUAAAUCCUGAUGAUACAAUGCAGCAGCUUCGGGACUUGUUCUUUUAACUUAAAAAAUAACUCCUAAAUAAAUAAAUGUUCAUUUUUUAUGCAAAACAUUUCAUUGAAGACCACAAAGGAAUGAUGAGAGUUAACUUUUGGAAACGUUAAUAUGCCUUUGGACUUGUAGUCUUAAAGUUUUGUUUGUGAUAUAUUUAAUUAAAACUUGAUACCGUAUAGUAAUUUUGUUGUUCUGUUUGGAAUUAAAACAGUAUCUAAUACAUUCCUCAGAAAUAAGUAAGUAUAGCAAGUUUGCAUUCCUUUGCGGUCUACAUUUUUUUUUUUCUCAUGUUCACACAAAAAAUAUUUAUAAAACUGUUUGCGGGCAGUAUUUGGUUUUGUUAAUUAUAUAUAUUGUAUGUUAUAAAUGGUGCUUUAUCUAUCAAUUCCAAGUGAUAUUUUUAUGAAGGUGAACAAAAGGAUUUAUCUUGGGUUAGAAUUCACUGAUAGCUGCAAUGUAUGUAAAAGUAAAAUGUGAUUGAAGUCCCAUUCAUUUCUGUUCUUCAAAUGUUGAACUAUUUCCAUUCAAUCAUUUAUUCCUCAUUAAUUUGUUACAUAUUUUGAUUGCAUCAUUUCAUUAUUAGUACAUUCUCUUCAUUUUUUACAUAACUCCCUAAUGGAUACACAAGGCU